GGCGGAGGGACGGGGGCGGCGUGAGGCGGCUGGGGUCCAGCUCUCGUCGCCCCGCUCUCGGUUCCUCACCCGCCAAGGACAGUGGAGAGGGUCCGGGGCCAGACCCCUGGGCGGGGCUGCGCAAAUUCGAGAAACUCGGCAGGUUAUGUACAAGCUGGUGAACUGGCUCCUUCCCCUCUUGCUAGUUGAAUGGCCUCAUCUUAUAUUGUAGAAAUAAGGAAUAGAUUUGAAAGACUGUACCUCUCUCAUCUCCUCCUUUAUUAUUAUUUUUCUGCUAAUUAUGAGCCUUAAAACUACAGCGCACUAAAUGCAAUGUGGUAUCCUGGAUUGGAUCCUAGAACAGAAAAAGGACAUCAGUAGAGAAACUGGGGAAAUCCGGAUAAAGUAUUUGGAUAUCGAGCUGGAGAUGUGUAUUUUAAGAGUGUUCAGGAGUGGAAGCCAAGCAUAUACAGAAGGGACAGGAAGAGGCAAAGGAGUCUGAGUGGGCAGUUCCCCGACCAGGGAUUGAACCCGAGUCCCGGCAGUGAAAGUCUGGAAUCCUAACCACUAGGCCCACUGGGGAACUCUCCAGAUAACUUGUUUAUCCCUGCGGUAAAGAAGGCACGUGGCUGAUGAGCAGGGAGGCGAGGCCGCAGAGUGGGGCAGAGGGGCAGGCCUGGGAAGCAGAGGACGAUGACAUGGCAGAAGGCGAUUUAGGGUAUGGCCUCAGAAGAAGGCCCGGUGGCAUUUAUGAAGUGCAAGUUUCACAUUUAUUUACAUCUAGAAAAAGAUCAGAUGGAAAGACCUGUAGUCCUCCCCCAUUUUCAAGAAAUGAGGAAGAAAGAAACAGUGCCGUUUUUCAGUAUUCCAAGCAUAAGAGCUUGCGUGAUACAUACCCGGAAGGACCCCAUAUUCCCUAUCACGGCCGACAAAGUAGCACUGAUUCUAAUUCAGAGUUGUCAGAUGUGGAAUUAAGGCAACGUCUUCAUGAAACUUUAGAGGAGGUAGAAAUUUUGAAAACUGAACUUGAGGCAUCUCAAAGACAGCUUGAAGGUAAAGAGGAAGCAUUGAGAAUUCUUCAAAGCAAUGCAAUAUUUGGCAAAGCCACAAGUCAUACCCAGGCAGUGCUUCAAAAAACUGUGGAGCAAAAGAGAUCCUUGGAGAAGGAAAUAAAUGCCUUGCAGUGGGAAAUAGAAUUUGAUCGCAAUAGAUUUAAAAAUAUAGAGGAAUCUUGGAUCCAAAAAUAUGACAGGCUAAACUGUGAAAAUGCAGUCCUCAAAGAAACUUUGAAACUGAAAACAGAAGAAAUUAAAAUGCUCAAGUCUGAAAAUACAAUUUUGAAUCAACAGUAUUUGGAGGCCCUCGCCAUGCUUGAUAUCAAACAGCAGAAGAUGGCUCAGGAAAACACGUGCCAGGACACAAGUGGCUUUACAGAGGUUUCAGGUCUUGAGCUUGCAGUCCUGGGAGCCUGCCUUUGUCACGGUCCCAGCGGGAGCCCCUGUACCUGUGCAAGACUGGCAGCAUCUACUCGGAAAAUGCUCCUUCAGGUCAAACAGGAGUUGGAACUUCUGCAGAAGAGUAAAGAAGAAGCCUACAUAAUGGCAGAUGCAUUCAGAAUUGCAUUUGAGCAACAAUUAAUGAGGAAAAAUGACCAGGCACUAAGAUUGACACAAAUGGGUAAAAUGUGUAAGAAAGCAACAAAAGGGACAAAUUGGAAGCACCUUAAAGAUGAUGGGUUACCGUCACAAAGGAGUAAGAAGACCUUAGGGCAGAAACUGUUGGGCAUGCUCCCUUUGGAAAACAGUUCUAAGAGUACUGAUGACCAGCGUGAUCCUCAGGAAGUCUUUAAGAUGCUAAUAGAUUUGUUAAAUGAUAAAGAAGAAGCUUUGGCUCAUCAAAGAAAAGUUAGUUACAUGCUUGCUCGGGCUUUGGAAGACAGAGGCACCACCUCAAAAGAGAAUAAAGAAAAAAAUCCUAUGAAAGACAAUUCUCCAUUAAAAAACCCCUGGCAGAAAACUUCAGAAUUCCCUGUUUUACGUGAUCCCGUACAUUCAAGUGUUCAAAUUUUUAAUUCUGUGGGCUGCAUUUGUUCAAUUCAGCACUUUCAAACAGAUCAAAACUACACAAGAACUCUUAAAAGAUCCUAUUCUUUGCCAUCAAGUAUCAUGUACUGACGACAAACCAGUUGAAAUUAGAACUGAGAGCUGUUUAUAUCGAGACUUUGAAAACAGACCAUGUAAAUGUUGCUACAUCUUCAGAAGUUGUGUUUUCCGGGUAUUUCUAAAUUUGGGGAAGCAGCUUAAAUAAAUGUUCUCUACAAGAAAUUUAUUAGUAUUCUGUGUUGACAUAUUUCAUUUAUAAAUUACUACAUUUUCGAAAUUUUCAGUAUUUGCCAACAUCUUAAAAACAAAGAAAUAGUGAUUUUCAGAAGAAAACUAUUUAGAUUGACUUAUAGGGAUCUUUGGCUCAAGCAACAACAGGAGUGACUGAAUGUUAAUUUUUGGAAUACAUUUAUCUGGUUUUGUGUUUUUCUGGAUUUUUCAUUUGCCAUAUAAAGUUUAAAAAUAAUUUCCUUCACUUCCUUAAAAAAGUUAUUAUGGUGGGACUUUGGCAGCAGUAUAUUCAAAGUCACUGCUAGUUACCUAUUUCAUAGCUUCCUUUUUGUCAGAGUGGUGACAUUCUGUAGCCAGAUCUAUGCAGAAUUCUGGUAUUUAGGCCACUCUGAAUUAACUUCUUGGUUUUGAUGCUGAAUUUUAGGCCAUUUAAAAUUAUUUUCUCUUUCUAGAAAUAUUACAUAGUAAUAAUCUUUAAUACCUUUUGGGAAUAUUACUAUAUUAAUAGCAUCACAAUGAUAUCAAAGGAAGUGCAUUACCUUGUCAGCAGUUAUAAAACUUAUCUCUAGUGAAAUGAUCUCUAGUGAAAAGAAAAGAUACUACUACUUAAUAAGAUAGCUAACAGUAGGAUAAUAAGGUAACAAUAUAAACCAUUUAUAGUUGUGUUACAGGAACAGCACUGGUUGGCAUUAAUAAUAAUAAAAGCUGAAAAAUUGGCAAAUACAUUUUGAAAAAAGGAAUAAUGAGGAUCUACUGUUGUUGCCAGAUAUUAAAAUGUAUUAUCCUAUCAACUAUACUCCAAUAUAAAACAAAAAUUUUAAAAGUAUUGUCCUGAUGGUAAUACAAAGCUACAUUAUUUAAAACAGUGUAACAGCAGGUCAAUGAGACUCGGAUAAAGACCAUACACAGAUCUAGUAUAUAUAAUAAUUUAACAUAAAAGGUAGGGAAAGGAAGGAUCUGGGAUUAUUUAAUAAUACCAAAGUGGGAAGUGUAAAAAAAAAAUCAAAUUACAAAAACUAGAAAGAAGUAUGUGUGUGUGUGUAUAUAAAACAAACUCAAAUAAAUUGAUAAAAUUUAUAUUCCAAUUGAUAAAUGGACAAAGAAUCUGAAUCAGUCUCCUCAAGUAAAGGAAACAAAAGCAAAAAUAAACAAAUGGGACCUAAUUAAACUUAAGAGUUUAAUUUCCUUUGCACAGCAAAGGAAACCAACAAAAUGAAAAGACAACCUACUGAACAGGAGAAAAUAUUUGCAAAUGAUAUGAUAAAGGAUUAAUGUCCAACAUACACAAACAGCUCAUACAACUCAACAUCAAAAAAACAAACAACCCAAUUAAAAAAUGGGCAGAAGCCUUGAAAAGAUAUUUUUCCAAAGAGGAAAUGAAGAUGGCCAACAGGCACAUGAAAAGAUGCUCAACAUUGCUAAUCAGGGAAAUGCCAAUCAAAACCACAAUGAGACAUCACCUCACACCUGUCAGAAUGGUUGUCAUCAAA